AUGUCGUUUUUGUGGUACUGCCCCAAAGCGGUAGACCGGAUCAGGAAUGCCGAGAAGCGAGAAAGAUUCCAGAGUCCACAAAUCUCCAGUCCCACCUCCACAAUCAUCUCCCCUUUCAUUGGCUGUUCCCACCGCUGUAAAUGGACCGCUGAUGCGGUUGUUUCCGGUGUGCCCUCCUCCGGUGCAAUCGGAGACCGUGUGCCCGGUAUCGACGUUGUUGCCCCGUAUUGCCCCGUGUCGCCCCCGUGGUUGGCCCAUGAUGAUGUCGGUGAUGUCGGUGGCCAGUGCCUAGAGUGCCGUGAGGCUGAUCUUAAUUCUGGAUCCUGGGUGUUCUUCUGGAAGUCUUCGGUGCAGGCAAACUCUGUGGUGGCAAAUCGGGAGACACCGUAG